CUCAUCAUGGGAUUCAUGCUGAUUCAUGAGGUGAUUAAAUACCACCAUGGCACCUGGGUUCCUAGCAGUAUUCUCUGAGCCAGGAAAGCAAGUAACUCUCGAAGAAUUUCAAGAUUGGUACAACAACGAGCAUGUUCCGCUACGCCUGAAUUAUCUGCUGUCCUUCCUCACAGGAGCAAGAUUCAGUGCAUCCGAUGGAAAGCUCCCUACCUGGUUAGCCGUCUAUGAUAUCGACGACACCGCUACCUUCCAACACGAGAGCUACACUCGCUUGAGGGCCAACCGUAGUCCUCGAGAAGGCGACUUGGUCAAGCGCCUCGAGCUUCUGGACCGUCGGACGUAUGAACUAUCAUACGAUUCUGGAGAGUCCCAGAAGGCUUCCUCAUUCAAGUCCGCGUACCCCACUAAAGUUAUUGUAACCUACGGUAUUACCUUUGAGGACGGCCAGAUCAAGGGGUGGAUAGCAGAAGUCGAGGGAAAGUUGUCUAGCAUGGAUGGCUGGAUCAGGACCAGGGCUUAUCUGUGCAUCGACAACCUCAAGACCGGUGUUGGUGUACCGGAAGGCUCGGAGGCCCAGAAAGUACCAAAAUACCUGAUCAUUCAUGAGGUGACUUCUGCUGGCGUAUUAGAGCAUGGAGAAGUAACAGGUGCCUUAUCUGCACCAGGCAUCGAAGAAGUCAGGACUUGGGAGCUAUAUCGCGCAUAUCCGUGUGUCGCUCAAGGAAAUCUUGGGGCACCUUCAGCGUAGGAAUAGACGCUACUUUGAAAACGGAACGAAAGUAAAUAAGUAAUGUUGAAAUUUCUUUCGGCCAAGCAGUGCUCCAGUCUGUACAUGCACUUGUUAAAAAUUACGCUUCAAUGCAGGAUUAUCCA